CUGUUAUAGAGCUGAUGGUAAGCAUCAUAAAAGAGGGGUAUUUCUCGAGAAAGUCAACUUGAUCAAGGACUUCUUACUAUAAUAUAAGCUGUUGAUUAGCAUAAUAAUCCGUUGCUGCUAUCCUCAAGUUUUAUGCCAUGGCGCUCCAGGAUAUUCUGCUGUCCAUCCUACCGUCCCGUGAAAGCGGACUCGGGAUUAUGGCAGCCUACUAUAUGCUCGUUCUUGUUUUCAGUUGGAUAGCUUACCAGUUCGUUCGUGCUUUGUGGAAUAUCUCCCCUUUCCACCCUCUCAGCCGCAUCCCUGGCCCGAGACUAGCAGCUGCAACAUAUCUUCCUGAAUUCUAUCAUGAUGUAGUAAAGUUCGGGCGAUACACACAUGAAAUAGGGAGAAUGCAUGAAAUAUACGGCCCCCUAGUUCGUAUUAAUCCCGACGAGGUUCACUGCAACGACUUCCGAUUUAUAGACGAGAUCUAUGCACUAGGUGGUAGGAAGCGUGACAAGUCGCCACACCAGGUAAACGGCUCAGCUAUGGGUACCUCUACUUUUGGAACCUCCGACCACAAUCUACACCGCAUACGCCGUAUCCCAGUAGCAAAAUUCUUCUCCAGGGCUCAGCUCGCGCAGCUCGAGCCGCUGAUCCAGCGUCUGGCCCAGCGUCUCUGCGAUAAGAUGCUGGCACAAGCGGGUCCCUUCAACCUUGCGAUGGCUUAUAGCUGCUUCACCGCGGAUGCAAUCUCAGACUAUAGUUUUGGCGAAAGCUUAGGGCAUCUCGACCAAGAAUCGUGGGAACCCAAUUACCUCCAGUCGCAGAUCUCUAUCCUAAGCACGGUUCAUAUAUUCCGCUUCUUUCCCUUCCUGAACUACAUCGCAGCGGCAAGUCCAUGGUUCUCAAAUUACCUACCUCGAGACACUGCGUUGAUGAUCCGGACGCUAAAUACCACCAUACCCAAUAUGGUUAAGAAAGUCAAGAUCAGCAUGGAAGCGGGCAUCGAGCGCGAGCGCCCGACCGUCUUUGCCGAGUUACUCAAGUCAGACCUACCGGAGCAAGAAAAAACCAUGACCCGGCUCGUAAAUGAGGCCACCGCCAUUAUGGGCGGCGGCACCGGGACCACAAGCUGGGCCCUUAGCGUCAUUACAUACCACCUUCUGACGAAACCGAAGCUCUUGGGCAAGCUAACCGACGAGCUACGCGGCGCUGUAUCCGACCCGCAGAACUUGCCCCCUUGGACGACGCUGGAGAAAUUGCCGUACCUCGACGCGGUGAUCCAGGAGGGCUUGCGACUGUCGUACGGCACGUCCGCGCGCACCGCCCGCGUGGCAACCGAGGAGGACCUGGUGUACCGCGGAGAAUGGAAACCAGAGGGUAGCAAGAAGAGCGUACCGCUUGCGUAUAUUAUCCCCCGGGGCUACGCCAUCGGCAUGUCAACACACUUAAUACACCACGACGAGACCCUAUUCCCGAACUCAAACGAGUUCACACCCGAGCGGUGGCUUGAUGCCAAUCUAGAAAAGAGGAGGGAGAUUGAACAGCAUAACCUCUCCUUCGGGAAGGGCAGCAGGAUGUGCUUUGGUAUGAAUCUUGCGCUCUGCGAGCUGUACCUCGGUCUUACCGUGUUGGUGUUGCGCGUAUUUCCGCACAUGCGCCUGUUCGAAACUACCGAGGAGGAUAUUCGAUAUGAUUAUGAUAUAGUUAUACCUAUGACUAGCGCCGAUAGCAAGGGCGUAAGAGUAGUCAUUGUAUAGCUCUUAAGCUAGGUACCUACCUAUAGUAUGCUAUAUCACUAUAUGGUGGCCACAUGAAGGUUUGUAAUAGUUUCUGGGUGGAUUUAAAUGUGACUUAUGUUUUUCUCCUGUUGGUUCGCGCGAAGAGACAAACUUUCUUGUUAAUAGGACCGCUAGUUGCUUUGGGCGAUACUGGCAGAACGAACUGUAGCAGGAGUAAUGAAAGGGAAACCGAGAAAGUUUCGACAAACUCAUUACGAUACGCCC